AUGACAGCAAGUUGGGUAGUCGAUGCGUGCCUCCCUGCAAACCCUGUGGCAUCUGUGGAAUUGUUCAAGCAGGUACCUCUGCUGGUAUACCAGAUGAGCUCCACUGCAUUCUUCACCGCUUUGGUGCUGAACUUGACGUCCCUUCUCUUCGAGGACAAUGCACCCAAGCGGCAGCUGGCGCUGCUCAGCUGCGCCAUUAAGGGCGCAGCUUGCCACACCGAUAUGCUACUGGUCACGGGGCGCGCGCGCGUCGUCUUUGACGCUUUUGGCGCGAUCGUGAUCCCUCAGCGGUACGUGCAGUGGAUGGUAACCACGCCCACCAUGGUCUAUAUCCUGUCCAAGAUCUCGGACUUCACGCCGCAGCAAACCGCUACCGCCAUAUGCAUGGACGUGGUCAUGGUGCUCAGCGGCCUCAUGGCUAACUUCGCUCCGGGGCCCUACCUGAAUUGGCUGAUGUUCAGCGUCAGCAUGCUGUCCUUCGUCGGCGUGUUGUACAUGAUGGGCCGUAUGGUGUUCUCGGCUGUGAAGGAGCACUCGAGCCCCUCCUCCCGCCGCUCUCUGCUGUUCAUCUACAUGUGCACGCUGCUCAUAUGGAGCAUGUUCCCGGUGGCUUGGGUGCUCCAUCUACUGAAUUCCUCCUCGCCGUACGGAGAGUACCUGAACAUUUUUGCCAACUUUAUGGCCAAGGUCCUUUUCUCCUCGUCCAUUAUGUACGGCAACUACAUGACGAUAGCGCAGCGGCGGUUGUUGGCUCAGCAGGCGGCUGAGAACGCGCACCGCGUGCGGAUGAUCCAGGAGCUUCGGGAUGCGGUGACACGCAAGGACCAGUUCAUGAGCCUCAUGAGCCACGAGCUGCGGACACCUCUCAACGGAAUCAUCCAGCUGUCAGACGCGCUGGUUCGCGGCGCUGGCGGCGAGAUGAACCCGAAGGGACAGCACUUUGUGAAGACUAUCAAGAACAGCUCCAACCACCUGCUCAAUAUCAUCAACGACAUCCUGGACGUGGCCGCACUCAAGGAGGGCAAGCUGACCAUCAAGCAUGAGCUGUGCUCCCUCGCCAAGGCGGUGGAGCACGUGGUGGACAUUGUGGCGCCGUUGGCCCGUAAGGACGUCGCCAUCGAGCGGUCCGUGGACCCACACACGCCACUCAUCAUUGCGGACUUUAGCAGGGUCAUCCAGAUCCUUUACAACCUGGCCGGUAAUGCACUCAAAUUCACCCACCGCGGCCGGGUAUGCGUACGGGUGUCUCCCUCGGCGGACGGCAGCUCGGUGACGCUGCAAGUGGCGGAUACGGGCAUUGGCAUCCCGCCUGAAAGGAUCAGUGGCAUAUGGGGCGCCUUCGAGCAGGUGGACAUGUCCGUGACGCGCAAGUACGGCGGUACGGGUUUGGGUCUCAACAUCGUGAAGCAGCUGGUGGAGGCGCACGAGGGCAAGAUAGAGGUCCAGUCGGCGGAGGGCCGGGGGACCACCUUCACGGUGACGUUGCCGGUGCUGCAACCCUGCACGAGACAGAGCCUGGAGCUGCAGGUAAUGGAGAGCCUGUCAAAGUGCGGCCACGCAUCUGCCCGGGCGGCCGUGAGCAGGAGGCGGUCGAACCGGUUGGCCAGCACCAGCGGCCGCAAGCCCAGCCUGGAGGAGACAGCUUCCAAGCUGGCCAGGGGCACUACUCGCCAUGCCAGCGGCCUCACAUCACCUUCAAGGCGUGACGCGGCGGACGGCAACGUCAGCGGUUCGAACAGUCAAGAAAAGGAGGAUGUACUGUACCGCCGCCGUACACAGGAGCUGGAGCGGGAGAAUUUGAUGGGCGAGUUGCAGCGGCGCGCCGAGCACAAACGUUCCAUGGAGGAGGCUCAUCGCGUCUCUCGUCAGUUGCAGCUGUCGGAGCCCGAGCGCCAGGCGGAGAGGGACAGCAGGUCUCUGGAGCGCCUAGAUCUCCAGAUCGCAGCCAGGCCGCCGCCGUCGCUGCCGGCGCCCGCCGCUGCCGCCGGCGGCAGCUGCUUGCGAAACUCCUCCGAAACCGGCGUGAAAAGCUCCCCCGGCAGCAUCACCGCCGCAGGCAGCCUGGGUUCGUUCCAGGCGUGGCGCGGGGAGGCUUCGGAGGUGGCGCAUCGGGCAGUAACAGGGCAUUCGAGCCGGACUUCGGGGGAAGCGCGGGAGGCCUUAGCGACACGCGGGAGCGUCGGCGGUGGCGGCGGCGGCGGUGGAUGCAGCGGCAGCACCGCCGUAUCAACAGGGGGGAACUCUUUAGCUGACGUGUACGAGCAUCUGUUGCUAGCCCGUGGCAGUACGGACUCGCAUAGCGGCCACGGCUUGGUCCGGAAGCUGUCGGCGACGUCGGUUGGCGGCGGCAGCAAAUCGAAUACCGUACGUGAGGCCCUGCGCAUGAGCACGUACGGCAGAACCCCUGGUGGUGGCGGUUGUGGUGGAGGUGGCGGCGGCGGCGGCGGCGGCAUGCAUUCGCACAGCGGGCCCGUACCGGGGGGAACGUCCCAUUUGCUGCUCAAGGCGCUGGAUUCGGAUCUAUAUCGGGGUGCCCGUGAAUCGCACGACGACGGCAGCAGCGUCGGCGCUGACUCGGAGUCCGAUGGGCUGCGCGCCGCCGGCCGUCGAUCCCAAAAGGGCCCCGGCCCCGUAUCGAGGUCCGGCAAGAUAAUGCCCGCUUCCGCGUCGCUUAAUAGCACCAACGCCCUCGUCACGGCGUCGUCAUUAUCGCCGCCACCAGGCCUUACGCUAGACAAACUGCCGUACAGCGAUAUGUACGGCACGGUGCAGAUUUUGUCGGUUGACGACGAAGAGGUGAACCAGAUUGUGCUGGAGGAAAUCCUGACGAGUACCGGCUACCAUUUCGCGCGAUGCAUGGAUGGCUUGGAGGCCCUCGAUUGGCUCUGUGCCUCCGAAACCAUGCCAGAUCUAAUUCUGUUGGACUGUAUGAUGCCCAACAUGUCGGGCCAUGAGUUCUGCGCGACGCUGCGGAAGGUGAUCCCUGGGAAUGUGUUGCCGGUAAUCAUGGUCUCUGCAAAAUCGGACGAGGACAACAUCGUGGAGGGAUUAAGAUCCGGAUCCAACGACUUUGUACGGAAGCCGUACCGACGGGAGGAGCUCCUGGCCAGGAUAGAGACACAGUUACGCCUGAAGAGCGACAGCUGGUGGCUCGCUGAGUUGGUUAACAAUGUGGACGGUCGGGAGACGGAGAGCAUGAAGCUUCUCAAGAACAUUCUGCCGGAGUCCAUCAUUGCCAGGAUGCAGCAGGGACAGAAGUUCGUCGCGGACUCACACCCACACGUUGUGAUUUUGUUCAGCGACAUUGUGGGGUUCACCAGCCUCUCCUCCAAACUGCCAACCGCGGAGGUCUUCCUGAUGCUGUCCAACAUGUUCACCGCGUUUGACAAACUGACAGACAGAUUCUCGGUGUACAAGGUGGAGACUAUUGGCGAUGCGUACAUGGUGGCUGCGGGUCACGACGAGGACGAGGAUAAGGCCCGCAAGGGCUCCCCGCUCACCCGGGUGUUGGGCUUCGCCAAGGCCAUGCUAGAUGUGGUCAGGAACAUCACGGCACCCAACGGAGAGAGGAUGCGCAUCCGCAUCGGCGUGCACUGCGGUCCGGCGUUUGCCGGGGUGAUCGGCAUGAAGUGCCCCCGGUACUGCUUCCUGGGGGACACUGUCAACACAGCCAGCCGGAUGGAGUCCACGGGCUUCCCCAUGUGUAUCCACGUGUCGGAAGACGUGUAUCAACACCAUCCGAACAUGGAGGGCGAGUUUGUAGAGGUCGGGGAGCGGGAGGUGAAGGGCAAGGGCCGCAUGCGCACCUACCUGGUCCGAGUUGGAGCCUGGGAGCAAGCGCUGCGGGACUACGCCCCCCGCCAGCAAACCGCCGCCGCCUCCACGUCCGCCUCCGCCUCCGCUGCGGGACAACAACAGCAACAACAACACCAACGACCAGCUCAAGCCACCACCAUGCAACAACAACAACAACAACUGCAGCAGCAGCAGCAGCUGUCAUGUCAGCAGCCCGAGCGAGAGGGGCUCCAUGGUGGUGCCGCUGAGGGUGCUAAGAGCACCGGGGUCAGCAGCGGCGGCCUGGGUGGCGGGGAAUUGCACCCGCAACCACAGCUGUCACAGCUGUCACAUCGCGCGUCAUUUGGAGCUGUUAGCCCUGGGGGGUCCAGGUCCGCAGGGCAAGUGAUGCUUUGCCCGUCGUCAUCGUCAGCUGCUGCUGCUGCUGCUGCGGCGGCGGCGGCAGCGAACGACGGCAACCAUAACAAUGGCCGGUUCGUACACCUGCUGUCGACCGUGGCUGAGGAGGUGUCCGUGCCGCCGUCGCCGCUGCUGCUGCCCGACGCGACGGCAGCGGUCACCGACGGCAACGGUGUCGGCUUCGGCCUCGUACGGCCACAGCUUACGGGCAGUGCUAUGGGCGUCCGCAGUCCCCUCUCAAGGCCAGAGCUCUCCGCCCCGCGGCUGCCGCCGCGAACCACUUUCGGUUCCGAAGCUUACUACUGCGACGAAACGUCCGACGACGGAGCCAACAGUACACUCAACGGCAUGAUCAUGGCCUCGGGCGGCGCGCUGCGCUCCUGCUCCGGCAGCUUGACGGGCCUCCUGCCCGCAUCGCCGUUUUUGCUGCAGACGGCGCCGGCGACUGGCGCCGGCGCCGGCGCUCGGAGGGCUGUCUCCGAUGCAAGUGGCUAUGGCAAUACCGGCGAUGGUGGCGACAGUGGCAGGCAACCGGGGCAUGCCUCCGUUCUCGAUGUGGCAGCGGAGUUUGGUCUGGGUGUUGGAGGAGCCGCCGCGACGGCACCGGCGGUGGCGCACUUGCGCGAAGACGGAUUGGCGUUUGCCCCUGCUACUGCUGCUGGUGGUGCUGGCCGCGUUGGCAGCGUCACCGGCGGGGCUGUUAUUCCGGCGACUGGCUAUUUGGAGCAGCAAAUAACUCGUUUGGGGACGCAGCUAGCUGCUGAGACGUCUAAGAGGCAGAGGCUGCAGGCGGACUUGGACGAGGAGCGUCGGCGUUCUGCUAGUGCGCUACAGCACGUGACCCUGCUACAGCAGCAGGCAGCAGCACUGGCCACUGCUGCAGCCUUCACCUCCUCCGCCACUUCCUCUACUGCCGGCCGUCAGGACUCCACGGACAGAAACGGCGCCGUCGCAACGUCGUACGGCAGCUGCAGCGCCUCAACGAAGCAUCCAUGCAAUAACCUCCCCAGCGGAGGCCCCAGUGCCAAAAAUGGCACUAAACACGGGGGUAACUCUGUACGGCAGCAAAAACAACUAGAGCAGCAGCUCCGAGACCAGGAGCAGCAGCAGCAGCAGCAGCAGCCUAUAUCCCAAUGCGACUCUUCCUACGCCCCGGAUGCGGAAAUAGUAAUCCUGGGACCUGCCGACGAUGAUGCCGACAUCGGCGACGGCAGCGGCGGAUCUGGCGGUGGAUCUGGCGGCGCCGCCGGCACUGCAGGGCCCGACAGUGACGAGGGCCCGGCUUUGGAACAGCAGCGGGUCCCUUCGCGCUUUCCCCUGCAUCUGCCCGUUGCUGCUUCAAGCGGGAGCGUUGAAGGCGGCGCGUCCCCCCGCGCGGGACUUGACCCACGGGUCACGACCAUGCAAGGAACUGGGAACUCCAGCAACUUGAUGCGGGACUCCCCCUUAGUCCUCACGGACAUCGAGUGGCACAGCAAUGGGCUACGCAGACCUGACGAUGCGACGGCGGCAGCGGAGACAGGAUCGCCGGAGGCUGCAGUGGCGGUGGGGCGUCGGGAAACCGGCGCCAGGCCCGCCAGCGACUCCACCACCAAUGACACCACUACCGACCAGAAGCUGUUUUACGACAGCGGCGCUAGGGUCAACGCUGCAGUAGAACCUUUCCACACGUCCCUCAGCCAUGGGUUGAAAGCCGCUGUAAUCGUAAGGGCGGGCACGGCGGGGGGCACCGGAGGUUGCCAUGUGGUACAGUCGGGCUGGCUGAUGCCGCGCUACAGCCUUGAUGUGCUAUUCGAGGAGCUGGGGUUGCUGCCGUACCUGGGGGCAUUUCAGGAGGAGGCCAUCCGUCUGGACCAGCUGCUAGGGAUGGAUACUGGGCAGUUGGAGCGACUGGGGCUCAGAUCGCACUGCUGUGUUGGGAGCUGUGUGUGA